CUGGCCCCUGGCUGCCGAGGGUCCCGCUCCCAGGGCUGGGGGGAGCCGGGCUGCCCUGUGCCCCCAGGCUGAGCCAGCCCUGAGCUGGUGGGGCGGCCGUGGGGUGGCGAGGAGCCCCGGGGGGGCUGUGGCACCCUGCCCCUCCCCAGCCCCAUGGCGGCCAAGUGGUUCAAGGAGUUCCCCUCCAACCUGAAGACGGUUUCAGAGAGGGCUCGGCCGGGCAGCAGUAGCCUGGGCAAGAGCCGCAAGAAUUCAGCCGCAGAGUUGGGGGGCUGCCGGCCCGGCCAGGGGGGUGGCAAGGAGGGGGGUGGGCGGCUGUCGCGGGACAACCUGCAGGGUUUGCUUCAGGCCGCCACCGGGAAGAUGCGGAAGAAUUCACGAGUGGAGGGGGGCACUCCAGAGGGACCCCCCAAAACCUGCAGCACCUACAUCAACCGCCUCAUCAAGGUGGAGGCUCACGAGAAGAACGGGAAGGGGUACCCUGGCCCCCUGACCACCGGCCUCCCUGCCCCUGAGCAGGACAAGGGGAAGACCCCCAAGACAGAGACGGUCAUCAUCCUGGAGGACUAUGCCGACCCCUAUGAUGCCAAGCGUACCAAGGGGCAGCGGGAUGCUGAGCGCCUGGGGGAGAAUGAUGGCUAUAUGGAGCCGUACGAUGCCCAGCAGAUGAUCACAGAAAUCCGCCGUCGGGGCUCCAAGGACCCCCUGGUCAAAGCCAUCCUGCUGCUGGACAGUCCUGGCGAGCCCGGGGAGGGGGGUGGCAAGCCAGAGCCAGCCAAGUGGCCGGCAGGCAAGGAGGCAACAGGGAAGGGGCCGCAGCUCUACGACACCCCUUAUGAGCCCGGGGAGGGGGUGGCCGGGGGGACCCCAGAGCGCAGGGCAAGGGCUGGGGAUGGGCACCUGCCCGAGAAUGAUGAGCGCCCGGCGGGCGAGUACGAGCAGCCCUGGGAGUGGAAGAAGGAGCAGAUCGUCAAAGCACUGUCAGUCCAGUUCGAGGGCUCGGAGCGUCCCAAGGAGGAGGUGCCACGGCAGCACCUACGCCAGAAGAGCUGGACCCCCAAGAUGCUGAAGCCAGCAGGUGCUGAACAUGGCGACGGGGAGCGGGUGGACCCUGCCCUGGCACUGGAGAAGCAGCCCUGGUACCAUGGGGCCAUCACGCGGGCCGAGGCAGAGAGCCGGCUGCAGGCGUGCCGGGAGGCCGGCUACCUGGUGCGCACCAGCGAGACUGGCAGCGGCAAGUACUCCAUCGCACUCAAGACCAGCCAGGGCUGCGUCCACAUCAUCGUGGCCCGGACCAAGGACAACAAGUACACGCUCAGCCAGGCCAGCGGUGUCUUUGCCAGCAUCCCCGAGGUCGUGCACUACUACUCUACCGAGAAGCUGCCCUUCAAAGGAGCUGAGCACAUGGCCCUGCUGCACCCCGUCCACUGCAAGCUGCAUUAGCACCCACUAAUGGCCCCCCCUCCCCGCGUGGCCUGCGACCCCCGGCCCCGGGGCAUGGGGCAGGGUCCAGCCCUGGCAAUCGCCACAGGAAGGGUCCAGCGGAGGACCCUUCAGUCACAUCCCCAGCCCUGCAGGGACCCCACUCCUGCCUGGUGGCCGCUGCCCACCACUGGACUCCAGCAGGGCUGAGCUGCCCUUUUUCUGGGACAGAUUCUGUCCACCCUGUGCCGGAGCCAACCCGCUGCAGGGCUGCCUCCAGCACUGGGGGCAGGGGGACGCAGCGAGAUUGGAAUGUGUAACGAAGUAGUAAAAUAAACUUGUUGGCUGAGAGGA